UUUAAUGAAGUUGGCCUGGUCACUCAAGAGGGGAUUAAAGGAGAAUUUAGUGUCACUGAGCUGUGACUGCUGAAGAGGGAACUCAAGUGUUCGGGUCAGUGUGUGAACAGGAUGGUCUCAGUUCAGAGCUGCACCAGGAGGAAUAUGGCUGGCUCUCCUCCUGCUUUACCGGGCUUCGGGAAUUCGGGAAAGAGUUUUCUUAUUGACAAUCUGCUGCAGUCACAGACACCUUCAGCCUGUCCGGAAGGGACAGUAGGUGGACACCUGAGACUAGCAGCAUGUGAACGUCCGAGGAGAACCUGGGGCUCUGAGCACGGAGCCUACCAAAGCCAGGCCCACAGUCCCCAGCAGGUGAAAGACUUAGGACAACUUCUGCCACAUUCAGGUGUACUGAGCAGUGUUUUCCUUCGGAGCCCGCAGUAUCUGCUGGCAUGCUGUGGUGGGUCCAGCCCCCCUCCUGUCUUCUCCAAGGGAGCAAAUAUUCAAAUGUGGUCUGCUGAUGUAAGUCCUAAAUCACGCAGAGGGAUCCUUAGAAGGGCUGUGUUCUCUGAAGAACAACGGAAGGAGCUGGAGAGAACUUUUCGGAGACAAAAAUACAUCAGCAAGACAGACCGGAACAAACUGGCAGCUGAUCUCAGCCUCAAGGAAUCACAGGUGAAGAUUUGGUUCCAGAAUCGUCGAAUGAAGUGGAGGAACUGCAAGGAGAAGGAGGUUCAUAACACUCGCUCCCCAAUGGACGAGCUCAUGGCUCAAGGUCUCGCUCAGGAAGAGGAAGAAUCAUCACAGAAUCACACUGAUGCAAAAACAGAGCGAUCGCCACCACAGAAGAGUGUCAAGGACACAUGAAAGUAUGUGAGAGAAAAAUAAACUGAUAACUCUCAAAUUCACAAAAACUUGUAAGAAGACUUCAGUAUUUGGAGGGAGUUAAAAAUGUGGGAUCUAGUCUAUUAAGACUAACACUGAUAACAUUCACUUUUCAAUGCAUGUAACUGUUUUGCUGCAUCAUAAAUGUAAUUAGGUUCAGCUGCUCAUUCAAUCAUCUUAUUGCAUUUCAGUGGCUUCAGUAAGCAAUUUAUUGGUACACUGACUAGACUUUCCAGGAAACAAUCCCACUCAUCAAUUGUAAUUGCAAUCAGUUAAAGGCACAAAUGAGUCACGUCAUUUCAUUAAUUACAUAUCUUCCUUUUUUUUUUACUUUUCAUGUUUUGGUGAGAUCUGGUCAGACACAAAUACUCUGCACACAAUCAAAAACCUUUUUGAAGUUAAAUUUCACCUGGUAUAUUUUGUAAAUAUUUCUGUAAUGAUCUUGAAUGCAUAGAUCAAUUGUAAAUAAAGCGUUUGAAUGAA